AUAUUUACAGGAGUGAAAAAGAAAGAGAUCGGGAGGUGUUUGAUUUCAAACAGAAGAGAAGAACAGCAAGCCCCCAUUAGGAUAUUCAUAUGCAAAAUUAUAUCUAUAAAUAUCUAAACAUAGAUAGAUAGAGAAAGUUAGAGAGAGAGAGAGAAAGAAAGAAAGAGAAAGAAAGAAAGAAAGAAAGAAAAGAGAGUAUUUUUGGUUCGUUUUUGUGUGAAUCGUUUUUCUAAUUUUCUCAUCUUCUUUCAUUGAAUUUCUCCGCAUUGAUGCGUUUCGCUUCUUGAUCUCGUUCUCGAUCUGCCUCCGUCACUCCGAUCUGAAUUAUCACCGAUCGUGUUUGAUUCGGUGCACAAUGACGGCUGAUGUUCGUGAAUCUGUGGUCGUUAAUGGCGGUGAGGUGGUGAUUCAGGAACAGUCUGAUCGGGAUCUUAGCCCUACUUGUACUGUUACUUCUAUUACUCACGAUCCUGUCAAUGCUAAGGACGAUUUCGACGGUUCGUACGUUUUUGUUUCAGAUACGGACGACAGGGAUAAGGAUCUCGUUGACUCUGAUCUCAAUAAUGGGGAAACUCUUCACUUGCCUGUUGAAAAUAAUGAGAGUGUUCAAUUGGAAGAGGGCGAGGUUGUAGUAGUCAUUGAACAAUCAGAUCACAAUGGUGUCAAUGAUGAUAAGGUCGAGGGAGAAGGAGAAAAACAUGACAGUAAUGGUGAAUGUCAAACAGAGAAGGAGUCGAUUGCCGUUGACCAAUCUGAGCAACAAGCUGACAAUGGCGUGGUGGAGGCUGUUGAAUUCAGUAAUGAUUUAUCGACCUCUGACCAUAAAACUGAGGCCGAGACGAUUUUAGUUGACCAAUCUGAGCAACCAUCUCAUAAUGGUGAGGUAGAGGCCACUACUGACCAUGAAGCUGAGAAAGAGGCAGUUCACAUUGAUCAAUCUGAGCAACCGGUUCACAGUGGCGAUGUGGAAGCUGUUGAAAUCAGUCGUGACUUGUCUACUCCUGACCAUAAAACUGAGAAUGAGACGGUCGCCAUUGACCAAUCUGAGCAUCCGGCUCACAGUGGAGAUGGGGAGGUUGUUGAAAUCAGUGGUGACUUGUCGACUGCUGAUCGUAAAAUUGAGAACGAGAUAGUCACAGAUCAAUCUGAACAAUCAGCUCACAAUGGCGAUGCGGAGGCUGUUGAAAUUAGUGGUCAAUCGUCGACUCCUGACCAUAAAAUUGAGAACGACUCAAUUGUCAUUGAUCAAUCUGAACAACCUGCUCACAAUGGCGAUGUCGAGGAUGUUCAAAUCAGUUGUGAUUUGCCUUCUGCUGACCAUAUAACCGAGAAUGAGACAGUAGCCGUUGACCAAUCUGAGCAACCAGCUCAUAAUGCCGAGGUGGAAGCUGUUGAAAUCAGUAGUGAUUUGUCUACUGCUGACCACAAAACUGAUAAUGGGACAGAAGUCAUCGUCCAAUCUGAGCCACCAGCUCACAUUGUUGAGGUGGAGGUUGAGGAAGACGCAAGAGCUGAAGAUGUUCGUGGUAGUUUGACUACUGAGAGUGAGAUGGUAGCCGUUGACUUCCCUGAGCAAUCAACUUACAACGGCGAGGUGGAGGCUGUUAAUGAUGACAAGGUUCAGGAUAAACCAGAUUUGGCUGGAGAUGAAAAAGAAAAUCUGGAGUCUGACACUGGAGUUACAGUUGCUCAAAGUCCUGCACAUCAGGAAGAGGAGAAGGAACAAGUUGAGCCUUCCAAUGAGAUUCCUUCUGAAGAUUCACCUGGGAGUUCAACAAAUGAUUUGGAGCAGGAUCCCACAGCAACUCCAUGUGUUGAAGCCGAAAUCAAGGAUUUGUCUAUCUCCAAUGAAAGCUGUGAUGUUGUACCUGCUGCUGUUCAUGAACAGAAUUGCAUUUCAGAAGAUGUUGUCCAUGAAAACCCAGCUGAAGAAAAUGGGCCUUCAGCUCUCGAUAAUGAGAAACCAUUGAGCGUCUCUGAAGAGGUUCCUGUGGAAGGCUCCCAAGCGGACAAUGAAGUGCAUUUAGAUCGUACUUUGGAAACACCUUCAUGUUCUGAGGCUGAUCAAACGACAGAAACAGAACCUAAUGAAGGUCCUUUAUCUGAAAAUAAAGGAGAGGGCUCGCCUGCUGGUCUUGAGGAGAGCAUUUCAGAGACCGUUGUUAUUACUGACUUGGUUGAUGCUUGUCAAAAUACACCUGUACAAACUGACGAGUCUGUUGAAAAUGCUGAAAGCUUGACAUCUUCUUAUGAUUGCUCCAAUGCACUUGUAAGUGGUGAAAUCGCUCCCGAUGCCAUAGCAGAGAAUUCUGACGUUGACAAUGAAGCUUCUUUGCCUGCUGGUGAUCAUUCAACUUGUGAUGUUGAAGAUGUGAGAUCAGAGACUGAUACUGGAAAGUCAAAUCAGGAAAGCAUUGAGAUUAAUCCAAGCUCUCCUGCUAAUGAAGUGAGUUUCCAGCCUGAGAAUUCUUCCAAUAUUGAAGAGAUUGUAGAAUCUGAAAAUUCAGACAGGAUCCCUGAACGUGCUGGCAGCCAGUCUAUUUCUUGGGCCGAAUCAGUUGAUGAUGAUAGCAGUUUGCCAGUGGUUGUUGCUGUUGAUGUGAAGCCAGAGUCUGAAGUUGAGAAUGCAUCUGCUGUAAGCGAGAGAGAUAUGCCCGGUGUUGAUGUUGCUGUUUUAGAAGGCAAGGAUAGUGAAAGUGGAGUAGAUAGUAAUCAUAUUCCGGAGCAUGUAGGCAACGAUGUGGAAUCAACAUGUGAAGAAGUUGCAAGUAUUGAUAGAACUCAGAAGGAUGAAGCCUCUACAUCAUUGCCAGAAGAUUCUUCAGAAGGACAAAAUGUUGAAGUUGAGGUGGUGAAAAAACCAUUCUAUUACAUGAUAAGAGUUCCCAGAUUUGAUGAUGGAGACUUGAGAGAACAGAUUAAUGAUGCUCAGUUACAAGUUGAAGAAAGGACUAAAAGUAGGGAUUCAUUUCGUGCUCAUAUUCAGACGAAAAGGGCUGCUCUUAAGGAUUUCUCUGAUAAAGUUCAAGCUCUCUUAAAGGAGGAGAGAGCCGCAAGAGACUUGUUUAAGUCCAAACGACAGGAAAUGGAUUCUGCUGUCUCAGAGAUUAACAAAGUGAAGAAUGCAUUAUCUGUUGGGGAUAUUGAUGGCAGGAUACGCAGUAUGGAACACAUGAUUGAACAUGAAACCCUGCCUUUGAAAGAAGAGAAACAGUACAUUCGAGAAAUUAAGCAAUUAAAGCAACAUCGUGAACAGCUCUCUUCCAGCAUGGGUACACAGGAUGAAAUUAAACAGACUUUAGACCAGAAAGACAAAAUUGAAGAGCGCUUGAAGGUUUUGAGGAAAGAGUUGGAUUUACUCAGAGACAAGCUUAAUAAAGCUGAGGAAGCCACUCAAAUUGCUAAGAAGAGUUUUAAGGAUGAAAAUGAGAAGUUGAACAGCAUUCUAUCCCAAUACAGAGCUGCCGAUGAUGUUCGUCAAGAUGCUUAUGCGCAUUUACAGAGUUUGAGGAAACAGCAAUAUGAAAAGAACAAGAAUUUUUGGAGGUACAAGGAUGAUGCAAAGGUGGCUCUAAAUUUAUCAUUAAAUGGAGAUAAGGAGCAAUUGCAGCGUCUUUGCCUUGAUCAGGUCGAGAGAACUAUGGAACUCUGGAACAACAACGAUGCUUUCAGGAGAGAAUACAUUAAAUGGAAUACCAGGAGUACAAUCAGGCGGCUGAGAACAUUAGAUGGUCGCGCGCUCGGCCCUGAUGAGGAACCACCCGUAAUGCCUGAAAUUGUAAACAACAGAGUGAACAAGGAUAACCAUGUGAAAGUGGCUUCCGUUCCAGACGUAAAACAAGAUUUUCCUGUAAAAGUUGAGAAACCAGAUCAUAAAUCAGUUGCAAAGGUUGUGGAAAGAGAGGAUCGAACAGCUAAAACCAAGGCUGCUGCGAAAUCUGCUAUUUCUUCAGGGAUUAGUCCUGUUACCAUUUCAGAUGAAACAAAAGAGAAAGAGAAAGAGAAAGAGAAGGUGAAAGAAGAAGAGCUUCGACGAAGCAAAGAGGAAGAGGAGCUGGCUAGAAAGGCUGAUGAGUUGGCCAGAAAGGCAGAGGAAUUGAGAAAAGAAGAAGCAGCAGCCAAGUUAAAGCAGCUGCGUAAGUUGGAAGAGAAGGCCAAAGCUAAGGAAGCAAUGGACAGGAAAAAGAAAAUGGCUGAGAAAGCUCGAGUUCGGGCUGAAAUUAGAGCACAGAAGGAAGCUGAAGAAAAAGAGAAGGAAAGAGAAAGGAGGGCAAAGAAGAAGGAAAGAAAGAAGGCAACAAAUGAAACAGAUGUUACGAACGAGGAAGAAGUGGACUCUGCUCCAACUUCAAGCUCGGAAGUUGCUGCUGCUACUCCUAUCGAGUCUGAAACUAAGGAGAGAUCUACGACAACAGCUGUGAAGAGGCCUCAGAAGGGGUCUCAAUUCGUAAAGCAAAGCAGGGCCAAGUCUAUGCCUCUGCCUCUUCGAAACAGAGGUAAGAGAAAAAUGCAGCCAUGGAUGUGGGGAGCUCUUACACUCGUCGUUGUUGUUUUGGCCCUUUUUUUGGUGGGCGUUGGGGGCUUCUCCUAUAAAUCUUGCCUGCAAUGGUUGGGUUUGUGAAUGAGUGAAUGAAUACGAGGCUUACUUAAUAGGCGAGAAUAACACAGUUUCGGUGGGACAUUCCCAAACAUAUAAAAUAUAUUUUUAUACUAAUAUUUAUCUUUAAAUAUAUAGGUUGAUUCUUUGGUCAUGUUUAGGGGGUUUGUGUUCCUCUAGUUUGCAUUUGGUUUACAAUAUCAUUUUUUUUUUUCUUUUCAUUUCAUUGAAACACACCGGGGUUGAUUGGUUUGCUUAUAAGUUUCACUUAUUACUAUUAUUAAGUUUAUAGUGAGAAGGAACAAGAAAUUUAGAAGUGGUGUUGAUCCUAAUUAUUAGUAUUGAUAAUAAAAGGAAUUGUUUUUGGUA